AUGGAUGCGACCAAACACACAGUAAAUUACAGUGGCCGACACCCUCCUUCCUCCGCCUACCGCCGCCCACCGCCGACUGCCAUAGCCAGCGACCAUCAUGUCGAAAUAGAUCCGGCCAUCUUCAAAGUGCUCAGCCCCGCCAGCGUGAGCUUAGCACUCCGGGAGAUUAAGUGGCCGAGGACGGCAGCUUCGCGACGUCAGGAGCGGUGGACGGACAUGAAUCUGCAAAAGAAGCGGGCUGUCGCCGGCGGAGGAGAAACGAGACGGCGGCAGCAGAAGGAUGGCGGAACGAGACGGCGCCGGCAGAUGGCUUGCAUAAGAGAGACGGUUGCGGACGACUGUCCGGUGGCGAGCAAUGGACGGCUGCGACCUAAGGCGUGCGGAGGAGGGCCGACGAAAUCGAGGCGAUCUGCUCUUAGAGUAGCGAGGUCGAUGGCCCGUGGUUGUGGAGGAAGGCCACGAGUUCCUUCACGGUCAAAUUCAUGGCCGGCCGUCGCAACCGCCACCUUUCUAGCCGUUUUGGCUGCCACAACCGCCGUUCUGGCCGUCAACCGAUGA